AUGGCUCCAGUUGACGGCAUUCUGGCUCGUCUGAAGAGUCUUUAUACCAAGCACCAAGGUCGCCCUUACUUGCGUCUAUGUGGUGCCUCUCUAUCUUUCCCAUGCCACGCGCCCUUCGCCCAGUCUGAGCCGCGACGCCCAUCGGUCAUUCGCGCGCGCAUCCGCGCUGUCACGGGCUCAUGUAUCAUUUGCUCACUCGCCGUCCUGUGGAUCAUCGUCGAAAAGGGUAAUUCUUCCCUCGGCGCAGCUCUGUCUCUGCUCGGCUGGUGGCCCAUCGAUCUGGGCGAUAUUGCUCGGUCUUUCCUACUCACAUUGAUCCUCUUCCUCGGUCCGCUGUUCGAGCGCGGCAUUGUUGAGAAUGAAUGGCGCGAUUGGUUUCGUUACAGCAGGUAUUACGAAUGCCUGAGUGGCUGGAUCGGAUGGAGGAAUUAUGUCGCCGGUCCCGUCACUGAGGAAGUCAUGUUCCGCUCGGCCAUCAUUCCUUUGCACUUGUUGGCGCAUGUCUCACCGGGCCAUUUGGUCUUCGUCUCUCCGCUGUAUUUUGGCAUCGCUCAUGUUCACCACUUCUAUGAGUUCCGCCUCACUCACCCGGAUACUCCGGCUCUGGCGGCGCUGCUACGCUCACUCUUCCAGUUUGGCUAUACUACCAUCUUCGGCUGGUAUGCUACCUUCAUCUACCUACGAACGGGUUCCUUGCUGGCCGUCAUUCUGGUUCACAGCUUCUGUAACUGGUGCGGUCUGCCCCGACUCUGGGGCUGUGUCGAGGCUGCCGAGCCGCAGGGUCCACCUAUUACUCGUGGAAAGGAAGACUCUGACGGGACUGGUGCGUCUCGCAACGGAGGCAAAUUGAGUAUUGGCUGGACCAUCGCGUAUUAUGUGCUCUUAGUGGUCGGAGCGGUCGCGUUCUUCCAGUGUCUUUGGCCCUUGACCCAUUCAUACAAUGCUCUGGUCACGUUUUCGUCGGCAGCUAAACCUGCCACGGCAAAUACCAGCCAGCGAAUGAUCUCAUGA